AUGGCAUCUGAAGGACCGAUCUACAGCAAGCUGCAGCCAGCGUUAGGCUCUGUGGGGCGUCUGCUACGUCUUCUAGUGCUCGUGUACCUGAUUCUGUCUCUUCUCGAUGUGUUGUUGACUCGCUACCAUCGCCGGAACUUCUCGUCUUCAGAGCCCGAGCCUCAAGCCAAGCAUGUUGCGCUUGUCACAGGAGCGUCGUCCGGACUGGGCAAGGAGAUGGCAUACCAACUUGCCGGGAAGCGGUAUUCCCUUCUACUAGCAGCGAGAACAGAGUCCGUGCUGCAACGGAUGCAGAUGGAGAUCGAACAGGCCCAUACUGGGGUCAAGGUGUCGUUCUGCGCAUGCGACUUGGCCUCUGAGACGGGCAUUAACGCUUUAGUGGCACACGCAGCCAAGAACGGACUCGUUGUCGACAUUCUCGUGAACUGCGCCGGGUUCUCCAUCACCAGAGACUUUGUCAGUCUUUCGCAGACGCAGGUGACGCAGAUUAUGGCGCUGGAUAUGGCGGCGGUGGCGCAGCUUACACACGCGUUCGUGCCGCCGAUGGUGGAGCGUGGAGUUGGUAGAGUGCUCAACAUCGGCUCGAUGGCUGGCUCGGUCGUGACGCCAUCCGCCGUGUUGUAUAGCAGCGCCAAGGCUUUCGUUAUCAACUUCAGUCAAGGACUCGACUACGAGCUGCGCGGCACGGGCGUCACCGUCACGUGCUUCUGUCCGGGUCCGGUGCAUACGAACUUUGGACACAUUGCAGCUUGCGACGACGCUAUCUACAUGAACAUCCCUGGGACUGCAUGCACACCCAAGGACUGUGCGAUGCUGGCUCUACAGGCGAUGUUCCGUGGUCAGAUGAUGGCGUACGAUACCUGGUUUGCCCAAGUCUCGGCGUUCCUCGGCGCGUGCGUGUCCCCACGGCGUCUCCUUGCUGCAAUCUGUGCCGUGUGUAUGAACGCGCCUAACAAGGCGGCGCAAAUGCUUCGCAGCUAG